GUCGGGGGGUGCGGGGUAACAGGCGCUCUUUGCCGUCACAGGCCUGCGGCCGCGCUGCCGCUGCGCUGGGGGCCGCGCCCGCCGCCGGGCCCGCUCGGAACCCAUCCCGGCCACAUUGAAAACGCGUGGGCCGUGGCUGUUCGGUGUUGGUAACGCCGCUCUGGGACAUACCGGCCGGCAGGCGUUAGGGAAGAGGGGCCCGGGCUGGGGGCACCCGGUGGGACCGCUGCUGUUGGCGUCAUGGUUCUGCAGGGCCCGCACGGGAGAUGUGGCCCGGCUGUAAAACGGUCGGUUCUGAGCCCAUCAGCCGGGAAUUCGCUGGAAUGCGGCGGUGAAGCUGUUGUGUGACACAGGAGCAGCUUUUGUACCGGGGAACGAGUUCGCUAAGAGGAGUGAAGAUUAAAGGACCCCAGUCUGGGCCGUGGCGUUCACUGCCUGGGUGCAGAGAGGAGCUUUGGACUCACACCAAGUUUGUGUUGAUUCACAAAGCACAAAUCAUAACAUAGAAGAGAACAGAAUCCAAUUACUGCAUUUUUUUUCUGUUGUAUAUAAUUAAAUCUUCAUAUUCUUCCCAAAUCUAUUUUAAGGACAGCAAUGAUGACAUUGAGGAUGUGUCUCUCUUUGAUGCGGAUGAUAACAUACCCAGGAGAUCAAAAAAGUCAAAAAUAAGGCAUCCAGUGGCGUCAUUUUUCCACUUAUUCUUCCGAGUCAGUGCGAUAGUUGUCUAUCUACUCUGUGAGCUCUUAACUAGCAGCUUUAUUGCCUGCAUGGUGACAAUUAUCCUCCUCUUGUCGUGUGACUUUUGGGCUGUAAAGAAUGUCACAGGGCGACUGAUGGUUGGUCUUCGUUGGUGGAACCAGGUGGAUGAUGAUGGUAAAAGUCACUGGGUGUUUGAAGCCAGGAAGGUAUCAGCACAAGGGAGUAAAACCUCAUCAGAAGCAGAGUCCCGAAUUUUCUGGUUAGGUCUAAUCACCUGUCCGAUUAUCUGGGUGAUAUUUGCUUUCAGCGCUCUCUUUUCUUUCAAAGUGAAGUGGCUGGCAGUGGUGGUGAUGGGAGUGGCGCUCCAGGGAGCCAACCUUUAUGGCUAUAUCAGAUGUAAAGUUGGCAGCAGAAAGAACCUGACAAGCAUGGCAACCAGCUAUCUCGGGAAGCAGUUCCUGCGGCAGGCUGUGGCUAAAGAGGACCAAACAACAUCCUGAGUGUGGUGGAAGCCUCAAGCCAGACCAGAUUCACAGUAGUAGACAACAGAGAAUAUUGCUCUGACCUUGAGAUUUGGGAGCUGCAUACGUGAGGUGUGAAUUAAAACAAGUAAAUAAAUUGUGCAAGACUUCAGGCUAACACUCUUAGCAGUUUGUAUUCAGUUUUCCACUAGCAGUUUGUAUUUAAGUCCUUUUUUUAGUUUGAUUAAUUAGAAUUAAUUUGCCUAAACUUCGAAUUAAAAAAUAACCUAGGUGGCUCUCAUACAGGUUUAUAACUUCUGGAUGAAUUAAGAGAAAAUGGCUUGCCAUUCUUCUCCAGACAAACCGUGCACAAGCCGAGCCUUGUUACCCAAGAACUCCCCCAACUCCUCCAGCAGUUGGUACCUCAAAUAGUUUCAGUUGUGAACUUUGCUGCGUUUUGUUCUUGGAGGUCCUUGCUGUUAAUAUGGAGUUCAGAUCACACUCUUUUGGCUGCACAUCUCUCAUUCCUCGGUGUGACCGGCGCUGAGGUGGUUGCAGCGAAGUAAUUCCACAGAUGGCUGAAAUCUCGUUGCAACUGCAGCUCCGGUCGUUUAUCUAUCUGAAGCAUUCUUGGAGUCUUGGUAACACCAUAAACCCCUGGAUUUACAGAAGGUCCCUUACCUGUAGGUCUGUGACUGUAUGGAGAGCGUAACAAGAGUAAAAGCAGCUUAGGAGGAAGGUUGCAGGCACAAUUUCAGAGGCAGAGUGAAUCAGUCAUCGGGCUGAUGCUGGUAAAGCGAUGCUGUCGGCGUUGCCUCAGCACCGUGCGGUGCCACGUGUUUGGUGCCGUGGGAUUUUCGUUGGCCCCGGCGCUGCAGGGUGAUGUGAUCUGGAGUUUCCUCACCAGCCCAUCAGCACAGGGUCACAGGGAAUGGGACCGGUGGGGUUUUACAUUUCUUUAAUCCCUGCAGCGUGCUGUCCUCCCCAAGGAGCCUCGGGGCUGCAAAAAAACCCUUUGUAGGAUGGUGAAAUGAUGGCUGGCAGUGUUCGCUUAGAUGGCAGAAAGCAGUGUGUUUUGCAUGAAAAGCUGUAUGAGAGGGGUCAGUUCCUUCUUGUCGUGUAAUUCUGUCCAAGGCAGAUUGUGCUUUCGCAGCGGCGGAUGUUGUAAACUUCAGAUGAGGUGUUUUAAAUUAAGAAUGUGGUUUCUUUUUGAAUAAUGGGUAUUGUAAAUUGUGGGAUUGCGUUAACACGAUUUUUCUCCCUGUACUGUAGCAAUACUUGGGAGCUGUACAUUUGUUUAACUCUUUGGAUUGAUACCUUCUUUUUGUAAAUAUGUAUUUAUAAAACCUUGAAAUUAAAAUAAUGCUUUGUCUAACCAGA